GCCGUUUUCUCUGUUGUUCGUGGCGCUUAUACAUUCUAUUCGUAAAAUUAAAAUAAUCAUUUUCAACGAAUCGAAUUACAACGGAAAAUAGGAAGACGAAAAGAAAUAACAGAAACAAUCGAAAAAAAAUUCAUCAUUUUUGAGACAGAAAAAUAAAACAUGAAAAAAUUGUACAAUUUUUAUGUGCUUAUUAUUAAAAUAUAAACAAAGCACGUAUAGUGAGUUUAAAACAUUGGUCGGUGAAAAUAAAAACAAGUGAAAUAAAAACGAACUUUUUUUUGUCCUCCGCUUCUUCAGCAAAAACACCACAAUUCAAAAAACUAGAAAGAAAAAAGAAGAGAAAAGAAAAAAACAAAACUUAGAAGAAGCAGAAGAAAAUCAAAAAUAAAUAAACAAAACGAAAUUGGCGCACACUCAUCAUCAAUAAAAGCAAUAAAAAUCAACGUGUUGUAAUAUUGUGUCGUUACAUUGUUGUUUGCUGGCGCAAGAAACAAAAGCAAGCUGUAUUACAGAUGCAAAUCGCAUGAAUGAAGGCAUGGUGCGAACAACAACAUAGUGAACGUGCACAAAGUCCCUUCAACAAUGAAAACGAUUUGCUUGGAGAGUAGCCAAUGCUUUCUCAGUGAUAUAAAUUUCAUUGAGUGAAUUCCCAGAUAAGAGAGGGAAUAAUAGCGAAAAAACCAUUGGACUAGAUGCUGGUGCUGCUGGUAUUACAGUAAACAAAUCAGAGAUUACCAAUCGAAGAAACGCAGAAAAAGAGAUAGAUAGAGAGAGAGACGUAUAACACAAAAAAGGCGACAACGAUCUACAGUUUAAUUCAAGAGAGAGAAAAAAACGGCCGAUACAGCGAAAAACCACACAUAGCAAAUAGUCAUAGAGUGCAAAGCGAAACAAACCAUUUACAACAUGAACAUUUUUCAAAUAAGUAAAUUUCAUUUUAUUGCGACAAUUGCCACGGUUGCGACCACAUCACCGUUAUAUUGAUGUGUGUUUCGACGACAAACUACGACGACGACGGCGACGAGAACGCGCAGUGAACAAACGAACGAAUGAACGACACAUAUUGAUAAUGAAAAACAAACAGCUGAGUGAAUUGUUUUGAAACACCUUUUAGUUUCGUUUUUUUUUUUUUCGUUUGUUUGUUUUUAAACACGUCAAAUAUUUGUUGACGGGGGAAUUUAUAAAUUAUAUCGAAAUCAGUUGAUGUACUGGUGUUACACAUCGAGGCUUAAAGGGCAUCGAAAACAUCGACGCACUGAAUCAUUCGAGGAAUAUAAAAUACACGCACGUACAUAUGUGUGCUCGGCCAAAAUAGUGACAAUCACAUCAAAUCAACUAGAGACUAACACACAAAAACCACAGCCAGCAUUUCGUUGAAAAUUUUUCGAUUUUAUUUUCAUUUGUUCUUCGAUUUCUCUAUUCUUCUUUUUUUCAAUUCCGAUAUUUGGAAAUCAUUGCUUGUGAGCUUUUGUAACGGCAUGGGGCGUGAAUACAGCCCCUAGCCAUUAUUUAUCUAUCUGUAUGGAGCAUUUAAAAUUUGACGAAAUAGGAUCACAAGCAGCCAACCUUACGAUUGCCUCACUGUCGCAGGUAACAAAAGAACUGUCGACACAGUCGUCGUCAUCGUUUGGCACCAGUUCAACGGCGGUCCCAUCAGCUUCGUCCACCUCAUCCGAUUCGGGCACAUCGUUGCCACCAUUGCAGGCAAUUGUCGUAAGCAUUAUAUUGUUGGUUGUAAUAUUUGUAACGGCCGUCGGUAAUAUUUUAGUAUGUAUUGCUGUGUGUAUGGUGCGAAAGCUUCGAAGGCCCUGCAAUUAUCUUCUGGUAUCGUUAGCUGUAUCGGAUCUAUGCGUCGCAAUAUUGGUGAUGCCCCCGGCAUUGUUGUUCGAAGUGCUGGGCGAAUGGAAUUUUGGAACGGUGUUUUGCGAUUUAUGGGUGUCAUUCGACCAGCUGGCUUGUACAGCAUCCAUACUGAAUUUGUGCGCGAUAUCGUUGGAUCGCUACUGGGCCAUCACAAAACCAUUGGAAUAUGGUGUUAAACGAACGCCAAGGCGUAUGAUGCUGUGUGUGGCAUUGGUAUGGUUGGGUGCCGCAUGCAUUUCACUACCACCACUCUUGAUUCUCGGCAACAAACAUUAUACCGAACAAGGUGAACCAAUUUGUUUGGUGUGCCAAAAUUUUGGCUAUCAAAUUUAUGCAACGUUUGGAUCAUUUUAUAUUCCGUUAGCGGUCAUGCUAUUUGUUUACUAUCAAAUAUUUCGAGCAGCACGUCGAAUCGUUUUAGAUGAAAAACGCGCACAGACCCGUCUCGAAAACACAAUGAACGGCGGCACCAAAGAGAAACCAAUCGAAACAAGUAGCGGCACAAUUAUAGGUUCACCACAUCAAAAGAAAUUACGGUUUCAAUUAGCUAAAGAGCGUAAAGCAUCAACUACAUUAGGAAUAAUAAUGUCCGCAUUCACGAUAUGUUGGUUGCCAUUUUUUUUGUUAGCUUUAGUUCGUGCAUUUCUUUAUGAGGGUCAAGGUCAUAACGAUGAACCGGUGCCGAGCUAUCUACAGUCAAUAUUUUUAUGGUUAGGUUAUGCAAACUCUCUACUAAAUCCAGUUAUCUAUGCGACCUUGAAUCGUGACUUCCGUAAACCGUUCCAAGAAAUUUUAUAUUUUCGAUGCUCCAGUUUGAAUUUAAUGAUGCGCGAAGAUUUCUAUCACAGUCAAUACGGUGAACCCACAUCACAACGUGUUGUUGUUGGCGGCGAAGGCCAUGGCGCUCGAGAAAGUUUUCUUUGAAAUUUAAAGUCGUAGAGGGUUUUCGAUUAAGCUUCCACAUAUUCGAUACAGCACGGGCACAAUUGAAAUGAAAAAGGUGUGCCUUCAUAUUACGGUACAAACACACAUUUCAACUGUAUCUGCCAUUUGGUCAACAUUGUUUGCUGUGACAGUGACAGUGACAGUGUUAGAGCCACCACCAACGAGACCACAAUAAAAAAGAAAGAAAUAUAAAACGAAAACAAACGAAGACCCUCUUCAAAACUCAAGCAAUCGAUUCGAAAUCAAAUAUUUUAUCUAAUAAAACUGAAGCCAUCUAUAUUUCGAUAUAAACAUUAAACACACUCAAAACUUUUGCAAUCGCAUACACUUCGAUUAUUAUUUUGUGUAUAGUAAUAAGGACGUGUUCUAUGUUUAUAAGGUGAUAAAUAUUUAGUUCAAUUUUAUUGGGGCUAGAAGAGAGGUGACGAACGCUCUGUGCUGGUGAGAGACAUCAUUUAUGACAUAAAAGUGCAUUAGAAUGACAACUGAACAGUACAGCCAUCCUCUCUAGCAGCCGCAUUGUAAUUUACAAAGAUUUAGACAUGAUUGAGGGACAAAAAUUAUGAAAACAUUUGACACAUAUUAUGCGCAAAUUUAUUAUGAUACAGAUUCGUAUGGCUUCAUUUAUUGCGACAUUGAUUGAUAAUAAUAUGAAAUGAAAACAAUUUAUAUUGGCCUAGAAAAUAUUUCUAUAUAUAUGUGUGCAUUUAAGCAUACUAUGUAUUUCGAGCAGAUCAUUUCACACGCACAUUCUUGCACAGAUAGACAACUGAAAUCUGAUCAUUUCGAUUUAGUAAGUGUUGAACAAUUGCAUUUCAAAACACGAACGGCAAUUCAUAUGAAAAUAAUCACCAAAGAUUCAUGAAAUAUACGUACUAUGUAUUAAAGAGAAACAACAACAAAACAAGGUGAAGUAUUCUAUACAAAAUAGAUGUUUUUAGGUAGUUCAGUGAAAAAUGUUGAAAGUAAAUGUGAUUUGUUAUAACGAGUAAGAUCGAAACUAAACGGGAAAAAAAUCUAUAAGUAUAAAAGAGAUACAUUUAUUUAUCGAUAAAGUUGUCCAUUAGCUAAAAUAAUCAUUUUUAUUUACAAUCCAGGAAAAUACGCGAUUUGCAAUCCGUUUCAAAGAAAUUCACAAUUUGCAAGCGGUAGCAUUUUCUUCAAUCAAAAUUUGUCGAACUCAAAAUUUAAAUCUUUUUGCUUGCUCUUGAGACUCGAAGAAAUUAUCUUAGAUUGACGAUGAUCGCUUUGAUGCAUACAAUUCCUUUCCCACUUUCGUCCAGACAGACAUUAUUCAUUAAAUGCAGAUUUUUUUACCAUGGAAAAAUUGAUGAAAUGACUAAAAUAAAUAUUAUCUAUAAAAUCAAAUCCAAAAUGAUUAAUUUUGAGCUAUUGAUUUUUAAUAAGCUCUUUGAAAAAUCCAACCGGAUGAAAAAUAAACCAAUAUUUAUUUUGAAACUUCCGAUUCAUUUAAAUCAAUGGUCUAUUAUUUUUCGUUCAUAAAUUAUGUUGAAUUAAUUUAGUGAAUUACAUUCGAACGGGACAACUAACAAAAUCAAAUUGAAUGUGAAACCGUAAUCAAUGCUUACUCAAUUCGUCAUUCAUUAAAAUUGGCAUUUCAUUCAUUUUAAUUCAAUUUUAUUUAACUAAACCCCACCAAUAUUUGAUUGGCUAAUUGUUGCGUUUGAAACAUUUUUGGAAAUUUACAGACUCAACAAGUAUGACAAGUUAAUGUUCAAGCAAUUUCUUAAAAAAAAAAAAAUGGGCGCAUAGUGUUAAAGGAACGGCACAGUACACAUGUAGAAAAGUUGUAACCGUAUCGCUUUCGAAAUAAAUGAUCAGAAUUCAAUGAAAAGUGUGUAGUAUCUGUCUGAUAGUAAAAAAGUAGAAAAUGGUCAUAAUUUUA